ACAGGUGGCGGUAAUGUACGAUCAAACAUUUGCAAACCACCGUUCAAGGAAGAAGCCGAAGUAUUCCGACCUUUCACCCUCACCCGUGAGGAAAAAUGGCUGCCUCUUUCCAAGUCGUUGUCAGGGCGGUGAUCCGCAUCUCGCCUUCAACUUUAUAUCCAUUGCGACAAUGUCAGGGGACAUCUGCAAGGUGUCGUCCAUCUCUUGGGCCCUUUGCACCCCCAAACCACUCCUUCUGCCAAGCAGCGACACUCCAGGAUGAUGCUGCUGCGAGCCAGGAAACCGAGGCACUCUCUCGCUACAAAGACAGGCCAUGGGAUUACCUGGAGAGUGAAGAGUACAUUGAGAGGUAUGGAGCCAAUCCAGUGUGGGCAGGUUACAGGAGGAACCACAAAGGAGGCAUCCCCCCACAGAAGACUCGCAAGACCUGUAUUAGAGGAGACAAGAUAUGCGGAAACCCCUGUCCAAUAUGCAGAGAUUCAAACGUCGUGAUUCAUCAUCAGAAUGUGAAGCUGUUGCAGCAGUUCGUCAGCGCCCACACUGGGAUGGUGUAUGAUCCCACUCAAACUGGGGUGUGUAUGAAACAGCACAAGAAGCUGACUGAAGCAAUCAACACAGCCCGAGAUCACGGCCUUCUUCCCUUUCGGAUUCCCUAUGUGGACUUUGCAGGUGAAGAUUACUCCAAUUGCCACCACGCCGUGGGCUUCACACCGCCCGCGCCGCCUUUGAAGUCGGGCGACGACUGGUACAAAUGGUACGGAGAAAUAACGCCGGAUCAGAACGAAGUCGCCAAAGUCAGGAAGACUUAUAAGGCUUAUCUAAAGCCAGGGUUGUGAUGCCAUUUCUACAUGCUCCGUUGGCGAUAUAGUCAAAUCAUGUGAAUCCAUGACAUUGUAAUCACAGAUGUGAAUAGAACACAAUAAAACACAGAUGUGGAAAAUGA